AUGGCUCUCUGGAACUCACUGCCUCAAGAGAUUCGCAGCAUGAUCUUGGGGUUUGCACCACACCUGUUCUCACAACCUGAGCGCAUCAAGAAUGUCAAGUCGAUGACGGUUUUCCAAGAUCACAAUGAGCCCUUGAACGCGGCAAUCCGUCGCCAAAGAGAUGAGUUUCGACGCCGUUUCCCGCGCCCAACUCUGCCACUCGAAGUGUCAUGUCAUCGGCCAGUACUUGCUCGAGAAAUCGCUGUAGCAAGUCUUUCGCUUGAGACUCUCUCCCUUUCUUUCUUCGUCGACGCCCUCGACUUCUUCGGUCAGUGUCGAGAAGACUGGCUCUGGGCUGAUUUGCGGUCCCUCACACUGACGUCCCUAUUUCUCACUUGUAACGGGGACUCUGUCAAAAUCCACGGUCUGUUACAAACUGCUGCACAAAUGGCCAAGCUGGAGAGACUUAUAAUAUGGAACGGCGGAGCCAAUGAAGCAUGUGCCUUUACAUAUCGCAAGCAGCAACACAUUGCUUCGGUGACGUGGCAGGCAAAGGGGGGUACGAAACUAAAUCCCGAAGUGUACAGUACUUGGGAAAACUUGUAUUCUGGAUGUCUUUUCAAGGUCGCGGAAAAGGAUACUUGGCAUUCGAUUACUUCUCAAGUCACUGCUAUCAUGUGCUUAGGGCUGAAGCAUGUGGUGAACCAGGUGUCGUUGAGACAGAUGCAACUGGAGAAUAGUAUGCCUUAG